AUUUACAUUACCGGUAUCAUCUGAGCCCUGGACUCGUAAACAACCUAGUAGGUAGUCUUCGAGACACUGCUGGAGAGUUCUAUCGUCAACAUGUCUCAAGUUAAGUACCUAAGUGGUUUCGGUUCGGAAUUUGCGUCCGAAGAUCUUCGCCGCCCAGGUGCACUUCCCCAGGGCCAGAACAGUCCACAGCGAUGUCCUUACGGUCUUUACGCGGAGCAGCUUUCUGGCAGCGCAUUCACUGCACCCAGACAUGAAAACAAGCGUUCAUGGCUAUACAGAAUUCGACCUUCAGUGAUCCACAAACCAUUCAAACGAUAUGGAGGUGCUAAAUAUCUUACUCACAAUUGGGAUGAGCUGGAAUCCAAUCCUAACCAGUCCCGCUGGCUUCCCUUCGAUAUCCCACCAUCAUCCGAGCGCGUGGACUUCGUAGCAGGUCUACACACGGUGUGUGGGGCAGGCAACCCUCGCACCCGCAAUGGCCUCGCCAUCCACGUUUAUCUCUGCAACACUUCCAUGGAUAACAGUGCCUUCUACAGCAGCGAUGGAGACCUUCUGAUUGUUCCUCAGCAGGGCAUGUUGAAGAUCACUACGGAGUUCGGCGUCAUGGAGGUAGCUCCCAAUGAGAUAGCCGUCAUCCAGCUUGGCAUGAGGUUCGCUGUUGCUGUCGAUGGACCUACCAGGGGAUAUAUUUUGGAAGUAUUCGAUGGCCACUUCAAGCUGCCCGAUUUGGGACCUGUCGGUGCCAAUGGGCUGGCCAACCCUCGCGAUUUCCUUACCCCUGUGGCAUAUUACAAUGACCAAGAAAUACCUGGUUUCAAAAUAAUAAAUAAAUACCAAGGAAUUCUGUUUGCGGCAGAACAAAACCACUCCCCAUUCGACGUGGUGGCUUGGCACGGCAACUAUGUGCCCUAUAAAUACGAUCUGAGCAAGUUUAUGGUCAUCAACUCUGUGUCCUUUGAUCAUUGCGAUCCUUCCAUUUUCACUGUGCUGACCUGCCAAUCUACGAAGCCGGGAGUGGCCAUUGCUGACUUUGUCAUCUUCCCACCUAGAUGGUCUGUUCAGGAGAACACGUUUAGACCACCUUAUUACCAUAGGAACUGCAUGAGCGAGUUUAUGGGCCUUAUCCUUGGUUCAUACGAAGCUAAAGAAGGCGGUUUCCUGCCCGGAGGAGCGUCUCUUCACUCCAUGAUGACCCCACAUGGCCCUGACGCACAGUGCUUCAAGGGAAAUUCUUAUGCGGAACUCAAGCCACAGAAAAUUGCUGUCGGCACUCAGGCAUUCAUGUUCGAGUCAUCUCUCAGUCUUGUCAUAACCAAGUGGGGGGCAGAGACUUGUCAGAAGUUGGAUGCAAAAUACUAUGAAUGCUGGCAGAAUCUACCGAAACUGUUUUCCAAUCAGAUGAAUGUUUAAAAAACAUUCGGAAUAUUCAACACGAUGUUUUAUCGCAAGCUAUGUGUUAGACGUAUGUACAUACAGUAGUUACGUAUCAGCAUAAUAUACACGUAGGAACAAGUGGGCAACUAUUCCCGUCAAUAAAUGCGCAGCACUAUAAAUUUGCGACAAGGCACACACUAAUGAAAACUGCUAAGCAGGUAAUACGAGAUUCAACGGCCAUUGUACAAGUAAGCACCUAUUGUAUGCUGUAUUAUUAUGAGUAAGCAUAAGUAGAUGCUUGGACACGUCCCACAUGGAUUAAAUACUUCUUGCACUGGUGCUUGCUAUCGAAAUGUUGUGUUGAGUUUAAUUCCGUGAAUCAAAGUACAGUAGUUAUGGAGAAAGUUA